CGUCUACCGAUCGAUAAGACAUGUCAGACUUUGUCUUUUUGGCCCCCAUCGCCGCUGCCUUUCUCUUUGCCUCUUGGUACAUCCUCCGACAGUACCUGGCCAGGUCUCCGUUGGACAAUCUGCCUGGGCCGCCGUCCGCGUCGUUCUUCUUGGGCAACGUUUUGGAAAUCACCGACCAUCAUAGCUCGCAACGAUGGAAGCAGCUCGUCGAUAAAUAUGGACCAGUCUCGACGAUUCCAGGCAUGCUCGGGGCCCGUAUGCUACACAUCGCCGACCCCAGGGCAUUGCACAGUAUCCUGAUCAAGGACAUGGAUUCAUAUCCGAAGUCCAAUGCUCCCGUAUCAGAUUUGCACCUGCUUCUCGGGCCUGGCUUGGUCACCACCGAGGGCGCCCAGAACAGGAAGCAGCGCAAACUGCUAACCCCCGUGUUUUCCGUCGCAAACCUGCGCAACAUGACAGACAUUUUCUAUGGGGUCGCGCAUAGGCUACACAAGGCUGUCGAAGCCCGCGUCGAAGUUGAAGUCGGAGGCGUGGUCGACGUCCACGGGUGGAUGGCACGCGUCACGUUGGAGAUGCUCGGACAAGCCGGCCUCGGCUACUCCUUCGACAACUUCAUCGACGACUCGACGGACGCGUAUGGCCGCUCGCUGAAGAUGUUCUUCCCUGUAUUGAGCCGGAUCAUCCCGGUGGUCUUCCUCAUCCCGAAGCUGUCUUACGUCCUUCCCAAAUGGCUGCUGGAGAAGGCGCUGCGUGCGGUGCCCCAUGCAGAUGUCAGACACAUGAUGCAGAUCUCGGACACAAUGGCGCAGCGGUCGCUCGAGAUCAUCAACGAGAAAAAGAGCGCACUGCUCAAGGGCGACGAGGCGCUGGCGCACCAAGUGGGCGAGGGGAAGGACAUCAUGAGUCUCCUGUUGAAAGCGAACACGGCAGCGUCCGAUGUCGAGAAGCACACUGAUGAAGAACUGGUCGCACAAAUGACCACUAUCAUCCUCGGCGGCAUGGAAACGACGUCGAACGCACUUUGCCGCAUUAUCCAUCUCCUAGCCGAAAACCCCGAUGUGCAGGAACGGCUGCGCGCUGAGAUCGCGGAGGCAAGCGGCGGAGAGGACCUCCCGUACGACGACCUCGUGAAGCUCCCGUACCUGGAAGCCAUAUGCCGCGAAACGAUGCGCCUCUAUGCUCCAGGCCAGUUCAUACCCCGAGAGGCCGCCAAAGACACGACACUUCCUCUCCUUAACCCGAUGCGCACACGCGACGGCUCUGUGGUGACCGAGGUGCCGGUGCCAAAGGGGACCAUGCUGCUGUUGCACUUGACGGGCUGCAACACCAACCGGGAUCUCUGGGGCGACGACGUGUACGAGUGGAAGCCCGAACGUUGGUUGGAAAAAUUGCCUUCUGCGCUUGACGGCGCUCGCAUCCCGGGCGUGUACUCCAACAUAAUGACUUUUUCGGGUGGACCAAGAUCUUGCAUAGGUUUCAAGUUUGCGCUCCUUGAGAUCAAGGUCGUCCUCGCCGUUCUCCUCUCCACCUUCAAAUUCGAAACGACCUCCGAGAGACCGAUUAUAUGGAAAUCGGCGUCGGCUGUGCUAUACCCGACCGCUGGCGAAAAGAGCACACGCCCGGAGAUGUUCUUAAAGCUAAUCAGAAUCGCGCAGGCCUCUCAUUAGCUUUGCGUGUACUUGCGGUGAUAAAGUUGUUCAUAGCCUUUGGGUUGAGCUUCGAGUUGUCCGAGUCUGCUGUAUCAUUGAACUGUAUUUCUAUAUUACUUACUACGCGAUACGUCAGCUUAAUUAUCCAUUGUUUCACAUCUC